GACGUGGAUUGGUUAUUUAUCAAUACUGUAUACAGAGUCCAUUCGGUUGUGCGACUAGAAAUGUCGAAUGAGGGCGACCUGAAAUUUAUUAAGUGUGUGGUGGUGGGGGAUGGGGCUGUGGGUAAGACGUGUAUGCUGAUGAGUUACGCCACCAACAAGUUCCCGACGGAGUACGUACCUACAGUGUUCGACAACUAUGCAGUCAAUGUGAAAGUCAAAGAACAUGAUUACCAGCUGGGAUUGUUUGAUACAGCAGGCCAGGAGGAGUACCAGGGUUUGCGCCUCCUCUCCUACCCGGGGACUCACGUGUUUCUCAUGUGCUUCUCUAUUGUGAUGCCGGAAUCCAUGAAAAACUUAGAACUGAAAUGGAUUCCGGAAGUCCGGCACCAGGUGCCGAACGCCGCCUAUAUUCUAGUGGGAACUCAAGUUGACUUACGAGACGACGAGAAAAUAGGUCAAAAACUUCAAAAAAGGCGGCAAAAACCGGUGACCGCAGAGGAGGGACAAAAAUUAGCGAAAAGGUUAAACUGUGAGUGUUAUGUGGAGUGUUCGGCGCUGACAAGACAGGGCCUCAAGGACGUAUUCGAUGAGGCGCUAAUCGCCGUGCUGGACCCCAAGGUCAAGAAGAAAACGCCGACGGGCGGCAGAUUUAAGUGUGCAAUUCUGUGAUAGUCAUUUAUUUUAUAUUGUUUUCUAGGUUAUCUUUCUUAUUUUAUAGUCUACGAGGUUCCGAACGGUGCCUCGUUUUUUUUAUAGCUGGUUUUACAGCGCUAAACUAUUGCCUAUUUCUACUACCAUUCUCUAGUGCCUUUCAUCAGCUAUAACACAGCCGUGAUCGGCCGAACACCAGCCUUCGUACGCUAACAGGCAUAAUACAUGUUGGGAUUCUUAUUGUCUUCAAAAGAUAACACAAGUAAUGCCCACAAAUGAAAAAUCUAAGAUCUAAUUCGUUAUUUUUUAAUCGCAGCAUGCAGAGACCUAAACAAUUUUCAAAUUGUGCGCUAAAGAUUAAGACCCCAAAUAGAAUCGCUAGGUUUAUCGUCUGUAGUUCAUUUUUUACUUAUACAUUAUAUAUAAUGACUUGAUCAGUAUUUUAUUUAUCGCUUUUUGUACUUUGUUGGACGCAAUCGUCCAGUCCUUGCUGCAUAUUCUCGCCGUCUUCCUCUGUUCUCUGUUUUGUUAUGUUUUAUCAAAAUUUAUGAAGUGUUCAUUUUACUUUAUGAUUAUCAAUGUUAACAAUGUAUAAAUUUUACUUAAUAUAAUUCAUUUUAAAUUAAAAGACGUAAUUAAGAUUUA